AGUAAUUCUUCAUAAUCUUGCCCCUGCCGGCCCUACCGAAUUUUCUGUACAUUUAUUUUUGUAGGUUAUUUUGUAUUUUUAUUCAAAUUUAUUUCUGUCUAUACUUUUUCAAAAAAUGAAUAAUGUAAAGUUUUAGGAAGUUUAUUGAAUCGUAAUAUUUUCAGUCCAGUUUUAGUCUCUUCGUUGUUGUUUUCUACCUGUUAUCAGUAUCAAUCAUGUUACCUCUUAGUUUUAUGCGCUCCUCUUCAAUGAUCAGAGUGGGUAAAUCAACCGCUCAUAUUACACCAAUAACCUCAUACAUUCAGAUGAUCCAAACAGAUAAGGUACUAGAUUAUAACAUGCGAUGUGGAAGACCUGUUUCCACUUGUGGAAAUCUGUAUUCCAAAGCGUUAGUUGCACCUGAGGAGAAACGUCCCUCCCUGGUGAAAAAGAUUCGUUCCAUCGGUAAAGAAAAUAUCAUCGUGAAGUAUAUUAAGGGAAUUCAAAGCGUAUCUCACUUUAAAGUUUCAAAAGCGGAACUUAGCACAGCUGCUUAUUUUACGUACGAGGAUCUCAUUGAGAUGAUACCAGUGGAUCAAUUUUUUAUCGAGUUCCAAAUGCCGGAUACCUUCGCUUCUUGGUUUACCGUUGUAGAAUUACAUUUAUGGCUGAUUUCUGCUCGUAUUAUGAAAGAAGAAACUAUAGGUUAUCACGCAAGAGACAUGUUAACAGAAGCGUUUUUCGCUGAUGUAGUAUAUCGAUCAUCAUUGCUCGGACCCAGAGCAUCUGUAUACAGGCAACGACAAGUGGCGACGCUGGCUUUACAAUUUACAGCCGCAUAUUAUGGAUACGAUGAAGGUGUACAAAGUAGUGAUAAAGUAUUAGCUGCUAUAGUGUGGCGUAGAUUUUUCGGAUUCGAAUGUAAUGAUGCUAGACAAAUUGAAAGGAUAGUGAAGUACAUUCGUGUGCAACUGGAUCACCUGUGUUAUUUAACGUUUGAUGAUAUAAUGUUUAAACGAACAAAUCUAGUAAUACCACUUGAUGAAGUGCAGUUAGAUUGAAAGAAUAUUUGAGCUCCUCUGUACAGAUUUAAAUGUUGGUUUUAAUGCAAUAAGUAAAUAAUUGUAAAAAUAUUUGUUAUAAUGUUC